AUGCUGCAUCAAACUUUGCUGGGUCUCUUUGACGGGUACAUGUCUCGCAGGGAUGACCAGCUCACCUCGGAGACGAAGCUCGGCGGGUCCCCGACCUACCUUCCCCUGCUCUCCACCGAGCAGCAGGGGCUCAUUGACCGUUGGACGAGCUGUGGGGUGUGUGGUCACCCCAUGUUUCUCCUCCUCCAGGCCUACAGCCCUCUCCCAGGGGGAACCGGGGAGGUGGGAUCUGCCGUAGCCUCCCCUGCCCCGCCAACCUCCUCCCCUCAUCGCAUGCUCUACGUCUUCUGCUGCAACUCCUCCGGCUGCGCGCGGCAGCCCUCCGCGAGCUGGGCCGCCUUCAGCCUGCAGGUCGACCACGACGACGACGAGGAAUCGCCGAGGGCUGCCGAGGAAGAGGUCGUCGCCACCGGCCCUCUGCUGCCGAGCGAGCUCGCGCCGAACAGCCUCCCCCCUUGUUUUAUCCGCGUCGUGGAGGAGCCCGCCGAGGCGGAAGGGGUCGUCCCUACCGACCUCGAGCUCGAGAUGAUUCGGAUGGCGGAGGCGAACUCCCGCGCCGCGGAGGCCAACCACGGCGUCGAGUUCCCCGACGAGGACCUCAAGGAGCUCGCCAAGGUCGUCGACCUGAAGGAUAAGCGGUCGGAUUACUACUAUGAAAAGUUCCGCACCCAAAUUGCGCGGGCUCCCACGCAGGUGCUGCGCUAUCACCAGCGCACGCCCCUGCCGCUACCGCCCUCCAAUAAACCUAAGGAGGCCUCCGGGGGCAUGCCCGCUCAACAGGCGAAACAUGAACGACCCUUAUUUAUGAACCCACAAAAGUUGAAAUUAAAACAGUCGACUAUUCCGGCAUGCUCGUUCUGUGGGGCGUCUCUCGCUUAUGAGCUGCAGGUCAUGCCAACUUCACUUUAUUACCUGCGGGUUCACGAGUACGUGAAUCAUGCCAGCCACAAGAGUGGUGAUGAAGGAGUUGACUUUGGGACCGCUACGGUAUACACCUGCUCGAAAGAUUGUUCUUUACUGCAGAAGGGCGUGCAUCUACGACGGGAAGUGGUGGUCGUAGAGGAGGCUCCACAGUUAAAUGAUGAUAAUCUGUUCGACGAGGCCCCUGCGGGGGAAGGUGCCGCGGGCUCUCCUGGACCUUGGAUUAACCUUAGAAAUACGAUGGUAGGUCAGUAG